CGUCGACAUGUCCAAUCAAACAUACAACGAAUUAUGGGCGGAAGCUCAAAAUAUUUUGGAAGAUGCAACAUACGCUGAUAACAUUCAGAUCUCGAGUAAACCAUCAAGGGAUAAGAAACAGCUACAUAAACAGAUCAGUGUAAUUUUUCUGAAGUACAUAUUGGCGAUAAAUAAUCUGGCCGAGUGUUAUGAUCAAAUGGUUCAUCCCCAGAAAAGGAUUCUAAUACGAAAAAUUUUAGAUAAUUCCGUGAUUAGGUACCUAGAGAUUAAAAAUGAUUUUGUGAAUUUGGUUUUGAGUGAAUUUACCCACUUGGACGAUGGUAUCGAAGAACUCGCUUUACUACCUCACGAUACUGAAUUACAGAUACCACUGUGUUAUAAAAGAGAAAAAAAAGAAGACAUCGAUUGGAAAUAUAAUUUCAUAAAUGAAACUUUAAUAAAGAUAGGAAUCGUGGAUGAAGAACCUCCAGGUAUUCAGAUGACUGAAGAAGAAGCAAUUAUUCUAAUACAAAGACACGAAAGAGCUCGACAAUGCAGGAUGCGUUUUUUAUUCAUGAAAAAUAUUCGAGAAUCUAAAGAUCGUGUAAAAAGUAAGAAUGAUGGAGAAAUUUCUGAAGUUGGGAGAAAAGCGGCGCUUAAAAUUCAACGGGUAUGGAGAGGAUUCAUAACUAGAAGAAAAAUACGAAAACGAGUGAUAGAAGAAAUGCUACUAAUAGGAAUGUUAGAACCAGACAGUUUUUGCACUGAAGAACGAGACUUUGCUGAAAAAUCAAAAUUCGAUAGAUACGAAGUACAAACGAAACAUGAACAAGACUAUCAAAAAGCUCUUAGACAAGAGAAAGAAAACAUACAAAAAUACAGAGGAAAUAUAAUAAUGGAAGAAUUACGCGAUCAAAUUCGUAACUGGUAUUUAACCUACAAACAGCAAACUGGAAAAUUUCCCACAAUUCCCUCCGAAGAAUCGGGCGGAUCUGCUGCAGUAAUUGGCAGGCAAUCUCCUUUACCAGGGAGCAGCGAAGGAAGUCGUUCAACUGCUCCUGCAUCUGUCGACAGUAAAAUGAGUAAAUCUUCAAAAAGUAAAAAAUCGAACGAUAAUGUGGAAGAGAAGAAAAGAAGAAGCGACGACGAUGAUGAUUUAGGCUUCAAAUUAAGCGCAUCGAAUAUAUUAUCAGAUCUUGAAGGAUUGAAUAUGGAAUAUGAAGAGGUUUGGAAAGAUUUAAAAGAGGAUGAUAAUCCGGAACAAACGUACAUUCUUGAUGUGAUUAAAGCGCAAAAAACGGCCGAAGUAGAAGCAGAAAUGAGAAAAAUAAUCGAUGUACAAUUACGAGUAGAAUUGGAAAAUCUACAAUCAGCGUUGGAACGCGAUGAAAAAGGAAAAAGAACCAAAAGCACAAGCAAGAAAAAGAAAACUCGACGCGGACUUAAAAAGUCAAAGAAGAAGAAGGAUAAAGAUCUUACUCCCGAUCGUACACUACAAUCACUGUUUGAAGAACUCGUCACCAAUGGUAUAAUUCGAAAAUACCCUCAAACACCAUUAUCAGCAUUUCUGGGAGAUAUUUCUUAUACAGGAUAUAUUUAUCAACACCAAGGAAAACACGGAACGCCUUCAUUAGGUGAUGUGAGACAAGUCAUUCGAGAUUUUUGUAUUCUCCCCAUGUGCUCAAAGGAAAUCCAUCAAAUUGCUCCUCUCAAUAGAUCUCUGUUGAUAGCUGGCCCUAAAGACUCUGGUAAAGAUAUGUUAGUACAUGCUGUUUGCACCGAGUUAGGAGCAGUGUUAUUUGAUCUAACUGCUGCUAAUAUAGCAGGAAAAUAUCCGGGGAAAGCUGGGCUCAUCAUGUUGAUUCAUUUAAUAAACAAAGUUUCCAAAUUACUUCAGCCAUCAAUUAUUUAUAUCGAUGAUGCGGAGAAGACUUUUUUGAAAAAAGUUCCAAAAACCGAUAAAACAGAUCCAAAGAGGCUAAAAAAAGAUCUCUCCAAGAUCGUAAAGUCGAUAGGACCAACAGAUUUAGUCAUGUUGAUCGGCGUAACUCACUCUCCGUGGGACUGCGACCAAAAAUCACUAUUUCAAACUUACAAUAAAUUGAUAAUAAUGGUGCGCCCUGAUUAUACCAGUAUUCGUUCCAUAUGGAUGAACCUAUUACAGCAAUAUAACGCAUUUAAUCAUCAGCUUGACUUGUGCAUACUAUCAAAACUAAGUGAUGGAUUUGCGAUAGGUGUUUUGAUCAAAGUCAUACAACGGUUGAUGACGUGUAAACGUAUUCUACGAUUGAAAAUUCAUCCCUUGAAACUUACUGAAAUCUUGGAUGUACUCGCUCAAUUUGAACCGAUUUACAAAGAGGAAGAAGAUUCCUUUUUGCAGUGGUAUUCGAAGACUGCAUUAGGGAAAAGUCGACAAAGAGCUUCAGAGCUGGAAAAAGAAUUGAUUGACAACGAAAAUAGAAAUAAAAAGAACUGAUUUGUCACUUAUUAUCACAUAUGUACGUAGGUCUAGGUACCUACUUAUCAUCUAAACCAGAGUUUAAUUGAGACAUAUUCAUGAGUUAAAACUCUACUUAGGUCUCAUGUAGCCAGGACCCACCCAUAUUUGUGAAAUACAGCUCCAUUUCAUUUUUCAAUUUUUGGUAAAAAAAACCAUUCGGUACACUACUUAUUUAAUAUUUUGAACUUUACAUUUCCACGCAAGAUCAUCGCAUGAUCUUCGGUGAAGUUCUUCGGCAAAUAUUCUUAGAGUAAAUUUUUCAGU